UACUUAAAUUCAGCUGAGUUUCUUCAUCCCUGCCUGUGUCUCUCACUUCCCAAGGAGAACAAAGAUAUUGCAGUCUUUAAUCUGUAAGUAACAUAUAUUUUCUUCCAUAGAACUCCAAGGGAAUUUACCCAAACCGUUGAUUCUUGGAUGAUGCUGGCUUAGAUCCCUUUGUUUCUGAUUUUGGUUCUAUUCAUAUUUAGAUUUGGUUGGAUGGAGCGAGAUCAUCUGGACCUUGCGACCCUUGGAAAAGCAGAUCAUAAUGAUAUUCAUGGUUCUUCAGUUGCUAGUCGCGGAGAUAAUAUGAAGCAUGAGCCAAAAGAUUCGAGAAGCACUGCACGCUCUGGUGGGAUUGAAACUUCUAAUCAAAAUCCUAGAGAUGUUACUGCUUUAGCAGAAGGAGAAGAACAUAACACAGAUGAUGAGGAUAACCACAGUGAAGAUGCUCAAAAACAGUUGGUGCUUUACGAUCCUGCUGCAGUUGGUGCGGGCGAAAUAGUUGUCGCUGAUCCUGUUGAUUCUCAACCUCGACGAAACUCUUUUCCUAAUUAUGCAUCUAGGAUUUUGCCAUCUGUAGGGGCAUUUACUGUGCAGUGCGCCAACUGCUUUAAAUGGAGGCUUAUACCUACUAAGGAGAAGUAUGAGGAGAUCAGAGAACACAUUUUGGAACAGCCUUUUUAUUGUGAAACAGCUCAUGAGUGGCGUGCUGAACUAUCAUGUGAUGAUCCACCUGAUCUCACUCAAGAUGGAAGUAGGCUCUGGGCUAUUGACAAGCCUAAUAUUGCUCAGCCCCCUCCUGGGUGGGAACGUCUUUUAAGAAUCCGAGGUGAAGGAGGCACUAGAUUUGCUGAUGUGUAUUAUGUUGCGCCAUCUGGAAAGAGACUUCGUUCCAUGGUUGAAGUUGAAAAGUACUUGCAGGAACACCCAGACUAUGUAGCACAAGGUGUAAGUAUGUCCCAGUUUUCGUUUCAGAUCCCAAGACCUCUGCAGGAAAAUUAUGUUAAGAAGCGGCCUUAUCGUCCAGCACUUGCACAUGAUGAAAAUGAGCCUGUUAAUCGCAUAGCAUGGAUUGAUGACGAUGGUGAUACAGAUUUACGGCUUGGUAUGCCAGGGGCUCCUCUCUUUGAACCUCUGAGCCAAUCGUUCAAGAAAAAGAGGACUCCCUCUAAGCGAAUGAGCAAUGCUGAUGCAGCGUGUAAGUCAAAUUAGGAGAGUCUAUUUUUAUUUGUAUAUGAUCUGGUGAAAUCUCUCUGGAUUCCUUUUUAUGUUAGCUGACAUUGAGCAAACUGAGCAUAGACUUGUACCUAUGGAAAUGUUACUGGAAAUAUGGCUUUGACCAAACUUUGUGUUUUUGAUGAACUUGCCUCAAGUUGA